AUGAUUUCUACGUCGUCGCCACCGUGCCUUGUUGGCUUUUACCACGGGCAGCAUGUUGCAACUAAUAUUGGCAGGCACUCCGCUGUCCUGUUCCUGAGUCACCAGGGCAUCCACGCCACCUGUGACAACUGCACCACCGAGGCGCCCCGGGAGAACACGGACAAGUUUGCCUACAUCGAGCAACACAAUCGCACCGUAUUGGCCGGAGCCCUGGACGUUCUGGACGAGUCCGUGGGACAAGUGUUGGCGGCCCUGCAGCAGCGGGACAUGCUUGCCCGCAGCGUGGUGGUGUUCGCGAGCGACAAUGGGGCUGCACCACUGGCAACAGUGAACAGCGAACUGCCCAACGGUGGCAACAACUGGCCUCUGCGAGGGACCAAGGAAGGCGCCUGGGAAGGCGGGGUGCGGACGACGGCGUUGCUGUGGUCAGCCAGCCUUCGAGACACUCUGCCGAGACCACCCUCCCAGCAGUUGAUGCACACGGUGGACUGGGGACCAACUCUUUACGCAGUCGCAGGUGGCAACGUUUCGGAGCUGGGUGACGUAGACGGCAGUGACCUAUGGUAUGAGCUGUCCACAGGAAAAGGCGUAGGACGCAGCGAGGCUCUCCUGCAGCUCGGGGAUCGGGACGAGCUGUCGGCCAUCAUCUCUGGCAGGUACAAGCUGAUACAGCGUUCCGAAGGACAGGUGAAACCGCUGCUUGACGAACACGUGGCGCUGCCGAAAGGUCUACCACCGGCAGAACUCGACCUGGACGCCCUGAUGAGGGAUCGCAGGCCUGGCAAGCACUGCAGGACGCCCUCAACUCCACGGGAGAGGCGUUCCAUGCCGCUGGACCCACUGCCCGAAUGGCGCGAACAAGCCACGGUGCAGUGCAAUCGCAAAUCGGACGAACCUGGCAAACUUUGA